CAAAUGGCAGUGAGCUUCACAUCGGUAGUGUGCGUUAUGAAGACACUGGCGCUUAUACCUGCAUCGCUAGAAAUGACGUUGGCGUGGAUGAAGACAUUUCAUCUCUGUUUGUGGAAGACUCGGCACGAAAGACACUGGCAAACAUCCUCUGGAGGGAAGAAGGGCUCAGUGUGGGGAACAUGUUCUAUGUGUUCUCCAGCGAAGGGAUCACCAUACUGCAGCCCGGCAACUGUGAGAUUCGCAGACGCAUCCUGCGGACAGAGAGGAUUCUGGGUAGUUAUGAAGAACUCUGUCCCAGAAGCACGGGUGUCUCUUCACACGAGUGUGUAUGGGCGUCAGCGGUCAGCGUGAGGGACAAGUACGUGUACGUGUCUCAGCCACUUCAGAACAGACUGCUGCUGAUCGACACACAGGCUCAGAGAGUCGUGCAGGCUGUGGAGACGGACGCUAUGCCCGUCAAACUCUUCUAUGACAAAUCUCACGAUCAGCUGUGGCUGUUGAGCUGGAAAGACCUGCUGAAGUCCCGCUCUACACUACAGGUGAUCACUUCUGCCAGCGCGGUGGAGCAGCGUCAGAUCAUCCGUACUCCGUUUGAAAGAGUGGAGGACUUCUACAUCCCUCCCACCAACCUCAUUAUCACCCACGUUAGGUUUGGCUUUGUCUACUUAAAAUCGGAGCCCGCGGUGCAUAAAAUCGACCUUGAGACCCUCCGUCUCGUCAAGACCAUCAGUCUAAAGAACUACAGCUGUAUCCCAGCCAGCAUGGCCUACACUCAUUUAAGCGGCUACUAUUUUAUCGAGUGCCAAGCCGAGGAUCGCUCGGCUCCGAGUUCACAGCUGCUCAUCGACAGCGUAAGCGACGCCAUCAUUGGACCCAAUCCCAACAUCAGCGGCCAGCCGUUUAUCUCUCCAGACGGUCGCUUCGUCGUCUCCGUGGACAAAGGGAGUGGAAAGCUCCAAGUCCAGACCGUCUCCUUUAGCGGCGAGCUGCGGAUGAGCCACCAAGCGGACGUCUCGAUUCCCCUCGCAGACUUGGAGUUUCAGCCAUCCUUCACGGAGGCCAACCAGUAUGUGGUCGUGGCCUCUUCGGCCCAGGGCUCCAAGCUGGUUUUCUCAAACCUGGCAUCGGGAAGAACGAAAGCCCUCGAGAACAUCAAGGAUCCCAUUCCGGCCAGCAGCUGGCCUUGGGGAGACGCCAACAGGGUGGUGGUCUCCAGCGGGGUGUUUGGACGCUACUUGGUCACCUCAGCGACCGAGUCCCUGUUCGUUUUGGACGGCAAACAGAGCGGCCCUCACUGUGAGGUGUCAGACAUCAAGAGAGGUAACACAGUGGUCUGGGUGGGCGAGGUAUGAGCGGCGUACCGCGGGCCGGUUCUGCAGAGGAUUGCGUCGGCCGACUGGGCCAAAGCUUGGGAAAACCUUUAAGGGAUGCGAAUGGACUCGAUCCUAGUAGUGAGUUAAAUGAAUACACAUGCGGGUUUCUGUAUAGGUACACACACAUACACACACAUUCAGCGACAAGAAACCUUAAACAACAAGGGAAAGAACAAAGACACCCUUCAGUGCAACAGUGAACUAAUUUGAUGAUUUUUUGCACUUCCUUGUUAGCAGAAAUAGCGUUAAGCAGCAGACAGGUUAGGUGAUGACUGAACUAUGCACAAUGCAUUUUAAAGUUUGAGUGUUUUUCUUGUUUUUUUGUUUGUUUGUUUUCAGUGUGUUCACUUGUUAUAUAUAGUCACUGCAGGAAAUGUGUCCAUCAGUGUCAUGUCUCAUUUUUGUCAAUGUAGAAAACUGUGUUGUUUGCCUCAUCCAGUGUUUCUGACCACACAAUUCAACAGCUUUUGUUUUACGGUUAUUAGUACACUUCAUUUUAAUAAACACAUGUUACAGUAACAUUUUGCGUUUUCCUUUUUGUAAUGAGGUGAGUACUUUCUGUCGUCCUCAAAGCUCUCUCUGUGUGUUUGCAUUUUUGUGGAGCUGCCCAAACAUUUGCUAAAGCUGACCUCCUUUUAGGGACAUCUUAUAGAACAAAUGCUAUAUUUCAUCUUUGUUUUUUAAUUAAAUCAUUUCUUUUAGACAUACGGUGUGUGUGUGUUGCUCAAAUGUCCCCACAAGGGUAGUAAACCAUUAUGUGGAGCAGGAGAACAGUUUGAUAAACAUGCUACAUAAUGUCUUAAAGAAAAUGUCAAAAUCAGAGGUUUGUGUAAAGGCUUAAGGGAUAGAAAAUAUUAUUAGCUCAGUUUAAAAACAAUAAAAGUCAAUGGAAACACUUGCCGUGAAAGAAAAAAAUCUUGUGUGGAUCUUCUUUUGCAUCGAUUCUGUCUGAACACAAACUUUAGGUUCAGUAUUCCUACAUUCACAUAAUACAUUCAAACACACAGCUGAUGAACAAAACAGCAAAUAACAAAGAAAAUUAAAUUCUUGUUAAAUAGAAAGAGACAGGCGAUGAGUUCCACUGUGCUAAAUAAAAACUCAUCCGGUGCAUCAGAUCUUUGAAAGGCAAUUUGACACAUAUGAGCCAAAUUAGAGCACUGUUGCACUGAACACACCAUCAUCACUACUGAGACGACUGCAAGCACAGCUUUAAAGUGCCCUGUUUGAGACAAAAUGGCUAAAUUGGCAUUUCAAUGUGCUUUCAAGCUCAGUCAGAUAUGCAUGACUACAAUAUUACUUCAGGAAGCCAGAUGGUUAGAGCUCAAUGAACAUUAAACUGGACACAGAUACUAUCAAUUUAAGGCCCAAACAAAUCUAAUUAAACUCAGUGGGCUAACAAUCGCUGAAUAAAUGUGCUCUGCAUACAGUAUAUUAACCAUAGAGCAAUUUGAGUUUAUUUCCUUAAUGUCUGAGGCGAAGAUUUGCUUUUAAUUUACUCAUCUUCAGGCCAUACAAGAUGUAGGUGACUUUUGUUCCUUAGUAAAGCAGUAAAGAAGAUUUUUAGCUCAAACCGUGCUCCUUGGUGAUUCAUAAAAUGAAUACCCAUGACUCCUGAUGAUAUAUUGAGGUCUUAUGAAGAGAAAUGAUUGGCCCGUGCAAGAAACUGAACAUUAUUUUCCUGUAAUCCAUAACCUCAGGCAAAUGGGGAAAUCUGAUUCUUUUCCACAAACUGAUUCACUCAGUUUGUUUCAGCGAACCAGUUCAAAUAACCGAUUCUGCAGUUCAUUUACGCAAUCACGCAAUGAUGUAACAUAAAUGCAAUUAUAUUAAUAAAGCACCCAAUGAUGAUAUGAAGUGUGGAUUUUUUCUUGUCUAAAGCAUAUGAAGUGAAAAACUUUCAUUCGGCUCCAUCAUUCAGUUGUUCGGUUCACACAUAUCACGCAUAUCAGCGGCUCAUCUCAGUGACUCAGUUCAUUCAUCAUAGGCUUAUUUGCAGUUGGAUUGACUGUCAGGAGUCUGAAAGUGAGUUUUGAUUGAGUAACUUGUAGAUCUGUGCUACUUGAGCUGUGAACUGUUUCAGACGAUUCAGUUCGAUUUGGUGUAAACUGGUUCAUCUAAAAAGAACCGGUUCAGAAGAAUGAUUCAUUCGUGAACCGAACAUCACUCUGGACAGUUUACCUGAGGCUCUGGAUUACAGGUAAUAAUGUUGUAAAUAAUGUUCAGUUUCUUGCACAAACCAAUCAUUUCACUUCAUAAGACCUCAAAAUAUUAACAGGAGCUACGGGUAUUCAUUUUGUGUUGCCUGAUAUGCUUUUUUUUGACUCUCAAAGUGAUGGUAGCCGCUGACUUGCACUUAUGAAUCAUCAAGAACCACGAUUUUAGCAAAAAAUAUUUACUGUUCUGCUGCAGAAAAAAGUCAGCUACAUCUUGGAUGGUGUGAGGAUGAAUAAAUCAACAGCAAAUUUUCAUUUUCAAGGACUGAAUCAGAAAUCUGCAAUUUAGUCACAGCCAUUGUAAUGCUCUUGUAACGGUAUAUUUAGAGCAGUGUGGAGGAAAUCAUAGAGGAAAUGAAUUAAACAGAUUAGAAGUUGCGGGAGAAAUGAUCAGCAUUAAAAGGUUGGUUUUAAAAUCAUGUCAUUUAAAAUCAUGUUUAAAACUAAACUAGCUGCACACAUUUUGUACAAUAAUACAGUAUUGUCUUGCACAUAUAAUGCUGUUCUUUUAAAAUGUCUGCAUUACGAACGUGUGUGUGUGUGUGUUCACAGUUCUUUUUAGCACUGAAAUGCCAGCCUGACUUUUGCCAACGAGGCAGAAACGAAGCAUCUUGUGCCUCAUUGAGUCACAUUUAAGUCCACAUCCAUUUGUCUUCAUUAUAUUCUAUUGUCCCCAGACUGUUUCAGCCUGUUCUUGUUCUCGUCAUGUACAUUUGUUUUUUCCAGUGUGUUACUGACUUGUCCAACACCUCAGUCUGUGUUUAUGUUUGUCAUUAAAACCUUUAUUAAGUGUACCAGAACUGCUGGCAGACUUGAGGCACAUGAAGUGCUGUAGCCGUUCGCAGUUGCUAAUCAACAGGCCAAGAACCAAAGGCUUUGAUUUGUUUUAUUUUUGCUUUUAAAUGAAUAAUAGUAUAGGCCUAUGGCUUUUCUUUUUCAAGUUGAGCUGUCAUGUUGUGGUGUAUUUGUUCUGACAUACACCCUUAUGUCGGCUUUUAUUGCCUAACUCUGUGUAUGUGUAAGAUUUGUUUCUCCCAAAGUACAUUGUGUAUGGUGAAUAAAACCUGGUCCUUGAGUGUGUAAGUUAGCACCACUUAUUCUUUGGUUUAACAGCACACACAGUCAUUAAAUUCACAUCACACCAAACACUCUUUCAAACAUCUACAUUUCAAUCACGACAAAAUGCCAAGGGCCUAAACUCAACAACGGGAAAUUAUUUAUUUACAUGUAUGUAUUUGUUUAUUUAAAAAUAACCUUUAACAGUCUUUAGCUGUCUUUGUGCUGGUUAAUCUAUAUCUCUAUGCAACACAUUUUUCAGCAUUAAGGCAAUAACUGUUGAAAUAUUAAUGUCUUGCAUCCGAGUAAUUGCAGUAAUUGCUACUUUCUUUUGAUGAUUGAUUGAUUGAUUGAUUUUUGUCUUUUCUUGUAGUGUAACUGACCACACCAGCAAAGAUCUCGUCUAGUUCUCAGCUUGUCUUGUGGUCAAACGGCACCAUGUUCUGUUCAUUUGUGGGUCUGUGUGUGCAUUAUGUUUAUUUGAUUUAAUACAUCGUAAAAUUGUGAAAUGUUACACUUUUCUGAAAGAUAGUGGCUUAAUUCACAGAUGUGCUUCAUGGGAUGUAGAACAAAGUUGAAGUUUCAUGGUCAUAAUUUUAGUAGACUAAGUAUCUGUUAACCUGUAACAAACAUUCAAAAAAAAAAUCUCAAACAGAUUCCUGAGAUCCGGAUACACCCAAGUGAUUUAUUAGCAUUGGUUGUAUAGAUACCUUUAUUGUAAAAUGUAACAUAGUGUUGCCUGGGAUAUAUAUAUUUCUUCCAGUUUUACAAUAAAAGAUGA